AUGUCCACUGUUGAGGGUGAAUGUGGUGAAGAUGUUAUAGUUGGGGUCCAACAAAAGAGGGGUCGGGUAAAGAGUGAGAUUCUUGGCCCUACGAUGAAGAGUAGGAGGGUAGUGGUGAGGGAAACUCCAUGGAAAGGUCGGGAGAUUCCCAAUAUUUCGGAGGACACAAUUGUUGAACCCCGAAGGCCUGUUCCUCGUGAUUCCCUUUUGGAGGUGGCGAAAUUCUGCUGGGAAUGGGGACAAGAAGAAAAUUCACAUGUGCGGUUAUGUGGAGAAGAAGGUAUGGAAGGUUCGCAUAACUUCUUUGUUCGAUUGCUGACUAAGGAUGGUUGGUUGGAUGACUCGAACAUAGACAUGACCUUGCUUUUGCUACUGGAGUGGCACAAGAGCUCUAGCAAGUGGGUGGGUUCUGACUGGACGAUACUGGACACCACUUUUCAGAAAUGUGCUGCCUUGGAUUACAUGCAAAUGAAGGUGUAUGUGGGAAAGGAGGACAGGCAGCACAUCAAGGGUCUACUGGGAAUGGUCAUGGGCGAAGGGCCUAAGUUGGCUAAAUCAUGGUCCUCUGUGAAUCACGUUUGUUUGCCCUUCAACCUACAAAGGCAGAAGCACUGGAUCUUACUUGUUGUCGAUUUAAAAGAGUGUGAGAUAAGGGCAUAUGAUUCCAAAGUAUAUCUAUGCAUAACUCAAGCCAUCCAACAGGCUGUGCAGUCGGUGGCGAAAAUGCUGCCCUGGUUGUUAAAGGAAUCUGGUUAUAUUGGCGACGAUCUACUUCUGAAAAGUGAGUGGCCAGUUAUUCGCGUCAUGGACGCACCCCAACAAGUAGGCGGGUGA